AUAGAGGAAGCGUUGGUGCUCGCUGCAGUGGGAAAACUCAUGUUUUUUGGGGGAGAGAAGGAUGGGAAUCAGCUCCCUGCUCCAGGCAAGCCUGGCUGAGGACAACUGACACCAUCAGCACAGAUAGAGGAGGGGGUGGGCCGCACAGGGAUAUAAACCCACCCCGCUGAGCUGGCAGCGCUGGAGCUGCAGGUCCAGGCAGGGUAAGAAGAGGGGAUUUUACUGCCCUGGGGCUCAUCAGGCUGCUCAGGGCGUGGGGGGAAGGCUGCAGGUCCUGAGCUGCUCCAGCAGCCCCAGGCAGGCCAAGCCACUGCAUCCCUGCCAAGCCCCACAUCCCCAAACUGGGACACAGAGCAGUCAGGAUUCACUCGGGGAUGCCUUACAGUGCUGCGCACCCACAGUGACAGCAGUGUCACCUGAGGCACUGCCCAGGUGCACCCAGGUCGUCUGGGCACUGAAGAAGCUUCUGUCCUGCCCUGGAUCAUCACCCAUCCUUGUUGUUCCCUCUCCAGGGCAGCCCCAGGAUGAGGAAUCUCCUCCUUGCCGUGCUCCUGGCUUGUGGGCUGCUCCCGGCCGGCGGCAGCGUGCUGGAGCUGGAGCGGAUCAUCCGGGCGGCCACGGGCAGGAGCGCCCUGCUGUCCUACAGCUGGUACGGCUGCUUCUGCGGCAUCGGUGGCUCCGGGACCCCCGUGGAUGCCACCGACCGGUGCUGCCAAGCCCACGACUGCUGCUACAGGAGGCUGAGGGAGGGCAGGUGCAGCCCCCUGAUCACCCCGUACAGCUUCACCUCCAGCGACGGGCACGUCACCUGCAGUAAGGAGCAGAGCUGGUGCGAGACAGAGACCUGCCUGUGCGACACCGCGGUGGCCUCGUGCUUCGCCAGCUCCCUGCACUCCUACAACAAUUCCUACCGCUUCUACUUCAAGCUCAAAUGCCAAGGCAGCAAGCUCCAGUGCUGAGGAGGG